AUGAAACGUUUAGAAAGCAAGCAAGAUUCUGCGAAACGGGGGAGCAAGAGAAGUACAGUUAGAGGAGAGGCGGGGGAGAUUCUGCCAUUGGAUUUGGCAGUGAGGGAAGGUUACUUCAAAGGGUCUCUGAUAGAUCGGGUGGCGACCCUCGAACAACGUCUUCUUCAGCUAUGCCUCGAAAUGGAUUCGAGCAGCAGCUCACGGACUUCCGGGGAAAAAUCAUCAGGCCAAGAAUCCAAAAGAGUGUCGGGUUCCUCAUCCUCCACAUUAUUCAGCAUUUCCAAUUGCAAAACUGAAACGAACCUGCCUCAACUUCAUCGAAAUUUGUCUGAAAUCCAGGAAGAGGGGAAAUCUGAUAACAUUCCACAGCAGCAAAAGAUUAAACACUCAGCUCCUGGCAAGCUGAAGCUUGGAAAGAGCAAGAUUGCUAGCAAUAACAAGAAGAGAACAUCCAAGCUUGUCGGAAGAAAGGACAAGCCUCGCAAUUGGCCACUACCGAGCUUGUUGGGUUGUUGA